AGUUUAGUAACAGAUUUGAGCCAAGCUAGUCGGAGCGACUAAGUCGGUUUCUUGUUUUUAUUUUUUUUUUCUUGCGAAUCUAAUCGAUUGGAGUUAUCAGUCGAGGACUUUUCUCGGUAGCUUGUUCAGCGGAGUUAUUGACGAUCAGCCAGAACCUCGAGAUCCGAGUCGACGACGUCACACCGUCAGUAUAUGGUGCACUUCCAAUUCCAUAUGUGUUUCCGUGUGUGAGCAGUCUGAGGUCAAUUGAGCGAGAGAAACCGGCGGCGGGAGCGAAAAACUCGCCGCGCGUGCAGUCAAUCUGUUUAUUCUUGAAGGCAACUCAAGCAACCCCUUCUGCAUCCCGUCGCAGCAGCGCCAGCGUGUAGUGAGCAGCAGUAGAAAAGCGCGAGCAAAACUACCCCCUUGGCAUCGGGUGAGAGAACACCCCCCGGAGUGUGUAUGUGAGAGAGAACCCCAGAGCGGGUGCACCUGAACUGCUGGGAGCUUUUAUAAAGUGCGAUGUUGUUUUUAUCCGUACGUUAAUUUAUUGAGCUUCUUCCAGCGGGUCGUGUCGCGGAUCUUGCGAAAAGCCCCCGCGAAAAAUUCCUUCGCACACAGCACCGUUCUAUACCGCGCGUUUCGUCCGAGAAGAGGUUGAAGAAAACCCCCUGAAGAGAGUGUUCUAAGAGCGCGAGUCGCACCAAUACGGCUGCUGCAGCGUCCGAAUCCUGUUUUCUGCUUUUUUUGGACGAAGAUCUACACAAACCAGAUUCGCACCGAUUGAUAUUCAGAACAGUUCAGUGAGUGUUGGUGUCGGGGUGUUGUGGAAAUACGGUCAGAACUCAGCUCCUGCAGCCAGUAGUGAUCGGCAGGUUGACCGGAUAGGAACCGUCGUCGUUUUUCGCACUUUGCUAGAUACAUCUUCGUGAACUCAUCCCCCCGUUCAGCAAAAGUGGUGAUCAGCUGAUUUCUAGCGCAGUGCAGGUGUUUUUCGUUUCCUUAACAUCCCACCCCCGAACCCCACAGUGAUUGCCGGUUGAAGUUGACAGAAGUUGUCGUUGUUGUUGUUCUCACCAGCGGAAGUGCCAAAAAGGAUAAACUCGCAGCUGCGCAGUAAUAGCCAAACACCAUUUGGCCUGGUAGUGUGUGCCACCGCCACCCCACAGAAUCGUGAACAAAAGUGCAUCGGACCGUGAACCGUGGAGGAUUCUGUGUGUCUUCUACGCGUGUAGCCAUUGGUGUAAGUUGCUGCGAAUGUGCGAUUUUGUUUAGUGAAUUGAUUAGCGGGGCAGAACUGAAUUUGGAAUUCGCUCAAGAAGCACAAGAAAAAAGACUGAAACUUUGUGAAACCGGUGUGUGGAAUCUUCUAGCAGCCCAAGGGUAGUACCAGAAGUGACUGUUUGCGUGCUCUCAAUGUGAUAACUAACGGACCCAGCUGCAGUUGAAUCCAGAAACAGAUUUCUUCCACGUGUGUGCUACACGAUAGCCUUACUGUAACCGAUGUCAAUUACUCGUAGUUAGCGAAAACCCAACGUAAUCAAUUAUUCGACUUAGCUAAGACGAGUCCUCGUGCUUCCAAAGCGAUCCAGAGAAAACUACCUUACCAGUGAGCCUGCCUACUUAGGAAAAAAAGCCAAAUAAACCCCCCACACAUACCAAAAUGUCAUCCGCGAUCAAUGGCACGGCUUCGGCCAACUACUGGGACUACAUCUUCACGGAUUUGGCCGAUCCGCGGACGAACCAUUGGCCCCUCAUAUCGUCCCCGGUGCCCGGUUUGACCAUCAUUGCAAGCUAUCUGUACUUUGUGCUCAACUUCGGUCCCAAGUACAUGGCCAACCGGAAGCCGUUCCAGAUGCAGAAAACCCUAGUCGUGUACAACUUCAUCCAGGUGCUGGUCAGUGUGUUCCUGUUCUAUGAGGGUUUGGAUGGUGCCUGGCUGCGACACUACAGCUGGCGGUGUCAACCGGUGGACUGGACGGACAAUCCCCAAUCCAUGCGGGUCGCCCGAGGUUGCUACGUGUACUUCCUGGCCAAGAUGUCCGAACUGCUGGACACGGUGUUCUUCACGCUGCGGAAAAAGGACAAACAAAUCAGCUUCCUGCAUCUGUACCACCACACCGUGAUGCCGAUGAUCUCGUGGGGUGCCACCAAGUACUUCCCGGGAGGACACGGAACGUUCAUAGGAGUUAUCAACUCGUUUGUGCAUAUCAUCAUGUACACCUACUACAUGCUGGCCGCCAUCGGACCCCACCUACACAAGUACCUCUGGUGGAAGAAAUACAUCACUGAUCUGCAAAUGAUCCAGUUCGGAAUGGCCUUCAUGCACUCGGCUCAGCUCCUGUGGACGGACUGCGGCUACCCACGUUGGUCGGUUUGCUUCACCCUGCCGAAUGCCAUCUUCUUCUACAUGCUGUUCAACGAUUUCUACAAGAAGACCUACACCGUCAAGCGGGCGGCUCGGCUGGCGGCCUCCAAGGCCAAGGCCGAGGAACUCCGGAAAGCCAAGGAGCUCGAGAGCUUAAAGGCUGCCAACGGAAAACUCGCCGACAAAGAACUGUAGAUUCGUAGGUUAGAGUGACCACCGAAGUUACGUACGUAAUGUGUGAACUGUAGAUGCCACCGUUUAAAUAGCUAUUUCACCAUCGAGAUCUUCCCCCUGUCCCUGUUUUCCCAUUUCCCCCCCAUAUACACACACAAUCCGUUCCUAGAACAAGUAAACACCCAUUUCACUUGCUCAUCUAAUUUUAUACCUAUACCAAGUCUCUACUCAUAAGGUAACUGAAAGUUGUGUGCGAGAGCCUUCGUUUUGUAAGGAAGGACUUUUUUCCUAGCUGUGUAAGGUAAUUUUAAUUUGAAUCUAGUUGAAUGAAAGUGAGGAUUUUAAUCUGAAUAGCAGACGAAUAAAAGAAUGACAAAAUACUAUUAAAGUGCUGAACGUUAAAUCAAA